GAACUGGGCAGGUGGUGGGCAGCGCAGGAUUUUGACAACAACUAACGGCGACGGUGCCGCCGCAGGGUCUAUGGCCGAGGCGGUGAAGCCCCUGCGCCGGGCCAAGGCCAAGGCAAGCCGGACUAAAACCAAGGAAAAGAAGAAAUAUGAAACCCUUCGGAGGGAAGAGUCUGAUGAAGUCUCCCUUCCAAAACCCUCCAGAGAGCUGGAAAUCCCUCCUCCAGCUUGUGAAUUCAAAGGAGAACAACUGAAGGUGUUAACUGAUUCCCAGUUCCCGAAUGAUGCCAGUGGACAAAAUGAGAGUGAAAUGUUUGAUGUACCACUCACCUCCUUAACUAUAAGCAAUGAAGGGUCCCUGAUGUGUAACGCAGAGACCCUAAAGGAAGGGGAGGAGAUCACAGCCUGUAUUGGGGAUGAUGCAGGCCAGCUGAAGGUUGAUCCUGGAGACAAUGUUGGAGCCAAAGUAGAAACCCCCAAGAACUUUACAGAAUUAGAGGAAAAUAAAUUGGUACAAUGUGGACCUUCUGAAAGCACACUGCAAUCUAAUUUUUCUUAUACUCAGCAGGAAAUAGAAAAUUUACAAGUCAUAGAAAUUCAGAGUAGGAAAGAAGACAACCAAGCCUUGAGUCUUUCUUCAGAGGUGCUACAAAGUGUUGGCUUGCAGAGUUCUUGUGAAGCCAAAGACAUUUUUCAGUCACCUAGAGUGAAAAAACUGUAUCCUCAGUUGCCAGCUGAAAUUGCUGGAGAAGUGCCAGCUUUGGUGGCAGUGAAACCCUCACUUCGUAAUGAGCGACUCUACCCGGAGCUCCCAUCUCAACCUGAACUAGUACCAUUUACUAAAGAACAGCUGAAAACCUUUGAGCCUGGUUCAUGGCUAGAAAAUGUUGAGUCAUACUUAGAAGAAUUUGAUGGCAUGGCUCAUCAGGACAGGCAUGAAUUUUAUGAGUUGCUUUUGAACUACUCACGAUGUAGGAAGCAGUUGCUGCUGGCUGAAGCUGAGCUGCUUGCUCUAACGUCUGAUUGCCAAAAUGCUAAAAGUCGACUAUGGCACUUUAAGGAUGAACAGUUGUCUGUACAGGGUAUCUGUGCAGAUCAAGUGAAAGUUUCAGGCUAUCAUCGCUACCAAAGAGUAGAGAUGAAUGAAAAUGCACUGGGGGAGCUAAAGAAGCUAUUUGAUGCCAAAUCUGAGCACCUCCACCAGACCCUGGCUCUGCAUUCUUACACCUCUGUGCUCUCGAGGUUGCAAGUGGAGUCUUACAUCUAUGCAUUACUCAAUAGUUCAGCUGUUCUGAGAUCUUUAGCAAUUCAUCAGCAAGGCAAAGCUUCUAAACAGACAGAAAGCAUUCCCUCUGAUCUGUGUCAGCUAAAGGAGUGCAUUAGUGUCUUAUUCAUGUUCACUAGGAGAGUUAAUGAAGAUACUCAGUUCCACGACGAUAUUCUUCUCUGGCUGCAGAAAUUGGUAUCAGUGUUACAAAGAGUUGGCUGUCCUGGAGAUCACCUCUUCCUUCUAAACCAUAUUCUUCGAUGCCCGGCUGGCGUUAGUAAAUGGGCUGUUCCUUUCAUCCAGAUCAAAGUGUUGAAUAACCCAUCAGGGGUCUUUCAUUUUAUGCAGUCCCUUGCCCUGCUAAUGUCUCCUGUCAAAAAUCGAGCAGAGUUCCUGUGCCACAUGAAGCCCAGUGAGUGGAAGGCGGCCUCCUCGGGGCCUGCAUCUGGGACGUGGACACUAGUAGAUGAGGGAGGAGAAGAGGAUGAAGACCCUGAGACCAGUUGGAUUCUCCUUAAUGAAGAUGACUUGGUUAUCCUUUUAUCACAGUUUCCAUUUCAUGAACUCUUUCAAUAUCUUCUUGGGUUUAAAGCAAAAGGUGAUUAUUUACCUGAAACAACAAGACCUCAAGAAAUGAUGAAAAUUUUUGCCUUUGCUAACUCGUUAGUGGAACUUCUGGCUGUGGGGUUAGAAACCUUUAACAGAGCACGCUAUAGGCAGUUUGUGAAGCGAAUUGGUUAUAUGAUCAGGAUGACCCUUGGUUAUGUGAGUGACCAUUGGGCACAGUAUGUGAGCCACAACCGAGGCUUGGGAUUGGCUCUGCAGCCCUACUCCGUAGAGAAACUACAGGUUGAAUUUGAUGAGCUCUUUUUGAGAGCUGUCCUACAUGUGCUGAAAGCCAAACGACUUGGCAUUUGGCUGUUUAUGUCGGAAAUGCCCUUUGGGACACUGUCAGUCCAGAUGCUCUGGAAGCUCUUCUACCUCAUGCACCAGGUGGAGAGUGGGAAUCUGGAGAAGCUCUACACCACCCUCACGCCUGCUGAGUGCAAGAAGCAACUCCAAGACCCAGAACAUUUUGUGAACUUUGAGAAGUGUCUUUCUUCCAUGAAUAGCUCGGAAGAGAUUUGCCUUUUGACUACAUUUGCUCAGAUGGCUCAAGCCAGAAGAACCGAUGUGGAUGAAGACUUCAUAAAAAUUAUUGUUCUGGAGAUAUAUGAGGUAUCUUAUGUCACCCUGUCCACCAGAGAGACUUUUUCAAAGGUUGGUCGAGAGCUUUUAAGAGCCAUCACAGCUGUUCACCCUGAGAUAAUUUCUAUCAUUCUGGACAGAGUUCAGGAUACCAUUGACCAGGUUGGAAUGGUUUCUUUAUACUUGUUUAAAGAACUGCCUUUGUAUCUUUGGCAACCAUCUGACUCUGAGAUAGCUGUGAUUCGAGAUUGGUUAUUGAAUUAUAACCUGACAAUGGUGAAGAAUAAAUUAGCCUGUGUGAUUCUAGAAGGACUCAAUUGGGGAUUUGCUGAACAGGGUACCCUUCAUCUGCAUCAAGCAGUCCAUGCUGAAGUGGCUUUAAUGAUUCUUGAAGCAUAUCAGAAAUACCUUGCACAGAAGCCGUAUGCUGGGCUUCUUUCUGAAAGUAUGAAGCAGGUUUCAUAUUUGGCCAGUAUUGUUCGCUAUGGAGAGACACCUGAGACCUCAUUUAACCAAUGGGCCUGGAACUUGAUCUUGAGGUUAAAACUGCACAAAAACGAUUAUGGAAUACAACAGAAUUGUCCAGCUGUUCCCUUCUCCAGCACUGUGCCUGACAUGACAGAGUCACCCACGUUUCAUCCUCUCUUGAAGGCUGUUAAGGCGGGCAUGCCCAUUGGCUGUUAUCUGGCCUUAGCUAUGACGACUGUGGGCCACAGCAUUGAGAAGUUCUGUGCAGAAGGCAUCCUGCUGUUGGGAAUUCUGGUCCAGUCGAGGCAUUUGAGAACGGUGGUCCAUGUCCUCGAUAAGGUUCUGCCUUUGUUCUACCCUUGCCAGUAUUACCUUCUGAAGAAUGAGCAGUUUCUGUCACACCUCCUCUUGUUCCUACACUUGGACAGCGGUGUCCCUCAGGGUGUCACGCAGCAGGUCACCCACAAGGUGGCACAGCACCUGACGGGAGCCAGCCAUGGGGACAACAUGAAGCUUCUCAACAGCAUGAUCCAGGCCCACAUAUCUGUCAGCACUCGGCCCAAUGAAGUGGGCCCCGUUGCCGUAUUGGAGUUCUGGGUUCAGGCUCUUAUAAGCCAACAUCUUUGGUACCGAGAACAACCUAUCCUCUUCCUCAUGGAUCACUUGUGUAAAACAGCUUUUCAGCUGAUGCAGGAAGACUGUGUGCAGAAAUUACUCUACCAGCAACAUAAGAAUGCUUUGGGUUACCACUGUGACCGGAGUCUGCUCUCUUCUUUGGUGAGCUGGAUUGUGGCAGGCAACAUCACUCCCUCCUUCGUGGAGGGCUCGGCCACGCCCACUCAGGUCUGGUUUGCAUGGACAGUCUUGAACAUGGAAUCCAUCUUUGAAGAAGACUCUCAGCUCCGAAGAGUUGUUGAAGGGGAAUUGGUUAUAAACUCUGCAUUUUCCCCUGACCAAGCUCUGAAGAAAGCCCAGGCCCAGCUGAAGCUCCCCAUCGUCCCUUCCCUCCAGAGGCUGCUGAUUUAUCGUUGGGCCCACCAGGCUCUCGUCACACCUUCUGAUCACCCUCUUCUGCCGCUCAUUUGGCAGAAGUUCUUCCUCCUGUAUCUUCACCGCCCAGGACCACAAUAUGGGUUACCCAUAGAUGGUUGUAUUGGAAGAAGGUUUUUUCAAAGUCCUGCUCAUAUCAAUUUGUUGAAAGAAAUGAAGAGGCGCCUUACUGAGGUGGCUGACUUCCACCACGCUGCGAGCAAGGCCCUUCGCAUUCCAGCAGAGGGCAGCGAAGGGCCGCCGGCGAGCCAGGCCGGCACCCCUGCUUACUUGACUUCCCCAGAGCUGCACACGGAGCUCGUGAGGCUCUUCAAUGUAUACAUAUUAUGGCUAGAAGAUGAGAAUUUUCAAAAAGGAGAUACGUAUAUCCCUUCUCUACCAAAGCAUUAUGAUAUUCACAGGCUAGCAAAAGUGAUGCAGAAUCAGCAGGAUCUGUGGAUGGAGUAUUUGAACAUGGAGCGCAUACAUUAUGAGUUUCAGGAAACCAUUGGUCUGUGGAUGCAGGCCAAGCUUGAGUCUCAUUCUACACACUGCAGUUUGUCAGUGCAGCUGGACUUCACUGAUCCUUUGUUGGCUAAAGAAAGGGUUUUAAGUAACUUGCGGAAGCACAAGGCUCCCCAGCCCCCCCUUGUUCUGCACCCAGUGAGGCCUCCUGUGCCAGUUAUUUCCUCAUCCUCACUACUGAGUCAGAAGGAUGCCACCCAGCUGGUGCGCACAGACCUGAAUCUGUUGCAACAGCAGGCCAGAAUUGCGGCUCUUUGGGAAUCUCAGCAGGUUGCCCUGGAUAGUGAGCUGUUGGACACGAUGCCCAAACAAUAUAUUAAUCGAGAAGAACAGACCACACUACAUUUGGAGUGUAGAGGCAGUAGUGGUAAGAAGUGCCAAGGAGCAGCAGUUGUAUCAGUUCAGUUUGAAGGUAUGCAUAAGAAUGAAGCGAUAAGCCAACAGCUUCAUGUUCUGCGAAAAGAAGUAAAGCAGUUGCAAGCAGAAGCUGCCAAACCACCGUCACUUAAUAUUGUGGAAGCUGCCGUGCAUGCAGAAAAUUUGAUCACGGCCUUAGUGAAUGCCUAUAAGUUGCAGCCUACCCCUGGGGUCCAGAAGGUUGGCAUUAACCUCUUCUUUACUGUUGUGGAUUAUGUCAGCGAUGAGACGCAGCGUCAUCCUCCCACAAGGCAGUUCUUUACUUCAUGCAUUGAGAUCUUGGGACAGGUGUUUAUCAGUGGCACUAAAUCAGAAUGCAGAAAAGUACUUCAGACCAUCCUGAAGAACAGAAGGCUCUGUUCUCUCUUGUCUCCUUUCUUCACUCCCAGUGCUGCACCUGCAGAGUUCAUACAGCUGUACGAGCAAGUGGUGAAGUUUCUGAGUGAGGACAACAGUGAUAUGAUUUUCAUGCUGCUAACCAAAUUCGAUCUUAAGCAAUGGUUAAACGCCACUAAACCUCCUCUGUCUGAUCGUACCAGGCUUCUGGAGUCCAUUCAUUUGGCGCUUACUGCCUGGGGCCUUGAACCAGAAGAAGAUAUUUUGAUGCCGUUUAAUCUUUUCUGUAAGCACUGGACUUACCUUCUUCUCUACCAAUUCCCUGACCAGUACAGUGACAUUCUCAGGCUGCUGAUGCAAAGCUCUGCUGAGCAGCUGCUGAGCCCUGAGUGUUGGAAAGCCACUCUGAGAGCCCUGGGCUGCUGCACCCCACACUGCCGGCAGGGGGCAGCGUCUGCCGAGAGCACGGUGCUUCAAAGCUCUCCAGAUGUCCUCUUGUCAGACAAGCAGGUAAUGGAGACUAUACAAUGGCUCUCAAACUUUUUUUAUAAACUUCGAUUAUCCACACUGGACUUUAAAAGCUUUGGUUUAUUCUCAAAAUGGAGUCCUUACAUGGCUGAUAUGAAGACAUUCUUGGGCUAUCUUUUAAAAAGGCUGCUUGACUCAGAAAUGGCCUGCUUGGCCCAAGACCCAUCUGCCAGCAGCAAAAUAGUGCUGAGAUCCUUACAUUCAGUAAUCAUUCAGCUCUUUAAACCAUGGAUCCUGGUUUUAGAGGACAAUGAAAGCAGCCAGCGACAUUACCCCUGGCUGGAGAGUGAUGCCGUGGUGGCCUCAAGCAUUGUGCAGCUAUUCACUGACUGCAUUGACUCGUUGCACAAGGGUUUUAAAGAUAAGCUGUUGCCAGGUGAUGAAGGAGCCCUUCGGUUACACCUGAUGCAUUAUUGUGAAGCAUGUACAGCACCCAAAAUGCCAGAGUUCAUUCUGUACGCUUUUCAUAGUGCCUACCAGAAACUCCCGUGGAGGGACCUGCACCCUGACCAGAAGCUCAUGGAGGCCUUCUUCAAAGUGGAACGAGGAAGCCCCAAGAGCUGCUUCUUGUUUUUGGGGUCUGUCCUCUGUGAAGUCAAUUGGGUCAGUGUGCUCUCUGAUGCCUGGAGUCCUAGUCCCCAUCCAGAGACUCGGAGCAUGAUUGUCUGCCUCCUUUUCAUGAUGAUUUUAUUGGCAAAGGAAGAUCAACUGGUAGACCAAACAGAUUCACCUCUACUUAGUCUCCUUGGACAAACGAGCUCCCUUUCAUGGCAUCUUGUGGAUACUGUGUCCUACCAGAGUGUGCUAGGUUAUUUCAGCAGCCAUUACCAGCCAUCCAUCAUCCUGGCAAAGGAACCUUCUGCCGAAUUAAUUGUGAAGCUCCUGAAAGUGUCUGCAGGCCUUUCCGUUCCUACUGACAGCCAGAAACAUCUUGAUGCAGUUCCAAAAUGCCGAGCCUUCACUCAUCAGAUGGUUCAAUUCCUCAGCUCCCUGGAACAAAAUGGAAAAAUCACCUUAGUAGUCCUAGAACAGGAAAUGUCUAAACUUUUGGAUGACAUCAUUGUCUUUGACCCGCCUGACAUGGACAGCCAGACCCGCCACAUGGCCCUCAGCAGCCUCUUUAUGGAAGUCCUGAUGAUGAUGAACAACGCGACUGUUCCAACAGCAGAGUUCCUCCGGGGCAGUAUCCGGACCUGGAUUGGGCAGAAAGUGCACGGGCUGGUGGUGCUGCCCCUUUUAACAGCAGCCUGCCAGAGCCUGGCUUCCGUCCGCCACAUGGCUGAGACCACAGAAGCCUGCAUCACUGCCUACUUCAAAGAAGGCUCCCUCAAUCAGAAUUUAGGAUGGGGCCCCAUUCUGGUGUCCCUUCAAGUUCCUGAGCUUACCAUAGAAGAAUUUCUGCAGGAGUGCCUGUCCCUUGGCAGUUACUUGACUCUUUAUGUCUACUUGCUUCAGUGUUUAAAUAGCGAACAGACUCUGAGGAAUGAAAUGAAAGUGCUGCUCACCUUAAGCAAGUGGUUGGAACAGGUCUAUCCAAGCUCUAUGCAGGAAGAAGCAAAGCUGUUUUUGUGGUGGCACCAAGUUCUGCAGCUGUCCCUGAUCCAGACGGAGCAGAAUGACUCGGUCUUGACAGAAUCCGUCAUUCGAAUUCUGCUCAUGCUUCAGAGCAGACAGAACUUGCUGGCUGAGGAGAGGCUUAGCUCUGGGAUUCUGGGGGCAAUUGGGCUGGGCCGGAAGUCGCCCUUAUCUAACAGGUUCCGAGUGGUUGCCCGAGGCAUGGCCGCCUUCCUUUCAGUUCAGGUUCCUACUGAGGACCAGAUCCGUUUGAAGCCUGGCUCUGAAUUACAUCUGACGCCGAAAGCUCAGCAGGCUCUGAAUGCUCUUGAAUCCUUGACAUCAAGUAAGCAGUAUGGUGAAUACCAGGAGCAGAUAUCGCAAGCUGCACAAUUUAUAAAGCAUCCUGGCCAUUGCCUCCAAGAUGGGAAAAGCUUCCUGGCUCUUCUUGUUAACUGUCUCUAUCCAGAAGUGCAUUUUUUGGACAACAUACGAUAGUAACACUGAGGCUCUUGAAAAAUGCUGUUGCUGUUUAUGUUUACAUUUAACUUUGCUGUUGCACAAGUAACUUUGCUCAGAGCUCAGUUCGGCCAAUGAGUUAGUUGACUGAGAUGCAAAUUGAGAGGCACUAGAUAAUUCUGUUGUGCAUGUGCACAUGUGUACGUGUUUGUGUUUUCUUAGCUUCUAAAACUUCCUGGGGACUUUUUAGUUUUUAUGUUCAUCCAACAAGAGAAACUUACUAAGUUCCACUUGGGUGCAGAGCCACUUCCAGUUGCUGGAUAUCCCAGUCAUCUCACAGGACCCCUGGAUAGAGUUCUUUUGUAUGUCUCCACUUCUGUCUUCUCCUAUUUUAUUUAGAUGUCAAGUCUCCUGUGCCAGAUCCAACUACUUUAGGAAUCAUCUAGAACCCUCACCUUUGAACCCCAUUUGUGUUUCUUCAGAGUAAAACAAGCUUUGAAAGUUUCUGCCCUUCUCAAAUGUGGGGAAAUAACACCAGCUUAAAAAUAUUAUUUCUCUCAGAAGGGAGAUAAGAAUGCUGAAUUAAAGUGAGUCAUUGUGUAAAAUGUGGCCACUGGAUCCUCAUUAUAAUGGACAGCAGAGAUGGUGACAAGCCCAUUUCCAUCUAGCCAUGUGUCCUCAUGGAGACAUCUGUGUAAAUUGGGGGUGGUACACUGGGGGUCUGUGGUGAGUAUACCAUGCACGGGUGUGUUUUGUUUGGUCCACAUGGGUGGAAAGUGUAGACAGGGCUUAUUCUUUCCAGUUCACUAUAGACAUACAUUCCCUUUGGUCCUACCCCAGCCCAUUCCUUCAUCCACAUCACUUACCUGGCCCCUGUAGAUAUCUAAAUUUGCAACUCUUGAUAGACACCAAGUUUGAUAUCUGAAGGCCCUGCUGUCAAGAGAGACAGAGACAGAGACCCUGAUUCUCUGUUCCCUGCUUAUUUCUUCACUCCGUAUUUAAGCUCAAAUGAAGCUUGCAAACCUGCUGAAACACUUUUCUGUGGAAACUGGGUCAGGUCAGGAGACUUAACUGAAAUUUGGCUUUUUUUCAGUAGCCAUGUGCCUUUUGUUGUUACCAGUUCAUUCGUUACCAAAGCCUGUGUGUAAUGCCGCCUUGUUCUGUUGCCAUCUUCUCUAGUCAUUUCCCUCAGGAAUGAGCAGUUUAACUUCUGAUGUCAUAUUCAUAAUUCUGUUGGCUCAAAAUUGAUUUUGUCUGUCCAGCUUGUAUAAUGUGUCUUUUGCUUAUGGGUUAUCUGUAGCCUAAGGAUAUUUACCUAAGCUUUUAGCAGGGGGACAGGGAUGUAGGUUAAAAACGGAGUCAUAAUCUCUUUCAAAUAUCCUUUUGGAGUGCUUCCCUCAGCAUUUAGAGGUGUGUAGGAGCUGUUCUUCAUUUUGAACUUCUUUAGUUGGACAGAACAGUUCUGCCUAGCAGACAUGCUCUGAUAAAGAUCAUCCCUGUUCAGUUUUGUAGGCCACGAAGUGUCCAUCUCAGAGGGGCGCAUCUCAGAGCUUUCCUUGUUUUUGCUUCUCUCCAUUUUCAGAAUCAAUCAUCUUACCUGAGCUGUGUAUAAGAAAAUUUUAGAAGCUGUGGACAGUUUAAUGGCUGAUUUGGCAACCAAGAUUUUAUGACAGGAAAUAUUUUGUGUGCUCUUUUCUUUGAGGAGGAUGUAAUUAUUGAUAUCCUAGAAUGUGAAAUUUUUGAGAGACAGUAUGUACAUUCUAAAGAAAAUUAUGAUUAAUCUAUUAAUUUUUGAAGGUUUAUAAUAUUUAUAAUGUAUUUGGUCUGUAAAAAUCAUAAAAAAAUAAAAUCAAUCUUUGGUUGUAGCUGGUAAGAAUUUGAUUUUUAGGGAUAUCACACUAUCUUGUAAAGUACUCCAGUGGUUAAAGUUGAUGCAGAUUUUUAUGCCUAAUGUCAUCUAAUUGAUCUGACACUGUAACUUGAUUAACAGAGAUGGUGGGUGAAAAUGAUUCCUCUCUGACACCUUCAUGCUUAACAGUGGAAGGUUUACUCACUGCAUAGGUUCCUUUGAGAGGCUCUGGGCUAAGAAAGUGCUUGAAAGACAGAGAUAGUUCAGAAGGUGGCAAUGCUGCUGUAGCCUCCUGGCAAAUAAUAGACCUGGGCAACAGCAGCCUGCCCAUUGGCUUUCAAGAAUAAUGAACCUUUGCUUGCGAAAAUAGUUGGCCUCCAGAGAGCACACGGCCACAAAGACAGUUAUGGGGGCUGCAUGUAGAUACCUGGAUCAAGCAAGACCAAGGCCGCCUCUGUGCUGAGCAGUGUUGAAGGUGAAUGAGUGAAUGUGCGUGUGCCACAGACUUUCUCCGCAUGUGGCCAUCAGUGGCUUCCAGUUCAUAUAGGAAUGUGUCACAGCUUCCUGGUCUCGAUGAAAAGCACCUCUUCUUCUCCACUUGUCUCUCCCCACUCUGCGGUACUUAAAGGACGGGUCAGAGAGGCACACUUGAUUCCCCAAUCUCCUGGCUCUACCACCUAACUCUGCAACAAGUGAACACCGUCAGGGGCUGGAAGGCACAGACACUAAGGGAGGGAGGUCCUGCUGUGUCUACUUAUCCUGACGGAGGAGCCAGGACCCACCCUUAUGUGUUCCCAGAGCUCCUGGGCACACAGAGGACCUCGGCCCCGAGGCACGACUCCUUUCACAGUUUCAUGAUCAGUUAGUUGGCUCAGUCAUGUCUGCCUCCCUGGGGGCUGGCUGGCUCUCUCAGUUCUUUGAGGGAAGCCUAGUCCAGAAAACGAAAGCCUCCAAAGCAGCCUAACCUCACUUUAACCAAGUGCCAACCUCAUUCCUCCCAAUCAAUCACCAAAAUCAGUGUCUCCACGUUGUACAAGUAGAGUGUUCAUGCCCAUCCUUUUGAAUGAAGGUGAUGCACAGAUUUCUACUGGAUUUUUAAUCUUAAAAGUAAUGAUUUCUUCUGGAGCAGGAAGCGAAUGUCAUAGAAUCAUGACUUUUAAAGUCCACAGGGGCCUUAAAGCUUGUCUCAUCCCACCUGUCACUCAGCAGGGAUUCCCAGCCCUGACCCUCCAGCUUCUCCUCUGCCCUUUCCUGUGGUCGGUAGUCCUGUCCCUCUUGGGCAGCCCAGGCAGCCGUUGGCGGGCUGUUUGUAGUUCUGCUCUAUAGUGAGCUGAGACUGGCCUCCUGGUGACAUUGGUCACAGUUCUGCUGAGCAGGCCAGGCGGGGGCUGCUCUCCUACAUCAAGACAAACCUGUGGACAUUUUCAGACCUCGUCGCAUCUCUGACCCUGCCUGCCCACCCCACUCUUAGUCUUCAGGCUGCAUGCCUAGUGCCUUUAAUUAGUCCUCUUCCCCCGCAAUGUCUAAUAGGGCUGCACUUCGGGAAAAGUUCCCAGAUUAGCCCAUGUUAUUCUAAAAGGGCUGUGCCCAGGAUUAGCAGGGCCAGGACUCGAGUGAGACAAAUGAGGCACUGCGGGCACAAAUUUAAGGUGGCACUUGCCUGCAGGUGCCAGGAGAGUGUGCCUCCUUACAUUUUGUGCCCUCAGCCUGGUCCCUGCCCUGGGGGUUGGUCACACUAGUGUGGGCCAAGCAGCGAAGUUCGCUUCCCUGGACACUCGGGUGGCAUCGGCUCUCCCUGGCUGUGCCCUAUGGUUGGCACAUUCAACUAGUGGCAAGUUCAAACUCAGUUUAACAUCAGUUGUUGCUAAAGAAUGGUCUCGUCACCUAUCUGCUUGAUAGGCCUAACAGUAAGGCCCUUUGCACUUAUCCUUUAAAACUGUCUGCUCUUCAUUUUGGGCCAAACUUUACAGCUUAUUUUGAGAUAGCUGAAAUUUUUCUGCUCAGUUAACUUUGUCUUACUAAGCAAAGUGGAGUGUAUGAUGUUGGAAAUAAGCAUGUUGCUUAAAAAAAAACAAAAGGUCUCCUGCUGUGAUCUUCCUUUUGCAUCUGGGUCGUGCUGGGUCAAGUUCUUGGCUUACAGCCAGGCACUAAUACUGACCCUGUUCUGGUCAGCGAUGAUCCUCAUAUGUUAUAGAGUCAUCAUGUGUCCUGUAGAUGCUAUCGUCCAAGUUUCCUUCAGUCUGGAUAGGUUCCUGAUUUCUGAUGACAGUUACUUGAAAAAAAAUCAAGUUAAACUACUGACCCUAUUUUGGGAUAAUGAAAUCACUAAGGAAUGUUGUUGAUUAUAACUUUUAUUUUUUAAUGUACAGAUGUCAUAUCUCUCAUUGAGCACUGAGGGUUAGAAUUUAUUUUUCUUUUGAUGGCUUAAAAAUCACUUAUGUGGCAACAAAUAUUUCUUAAGUCUGUUCACCUCUUUUUCCUUCUAACAUGUCUAGUGUGGCCUUUAAAACUUAUUUUGGUCAUUAAAUGUGCAAUAUUCACUUCUUAUUCAUUGUUGAGCAUUUUACAUGCUUGUACAAAGGAUGAGUUUUUAUAUAAUGAUGAGAAACAGGAAGAAAUGAGAAUUGGUUAAGUAAAAUUCUACAAAUAAACUAGAUUCAAAUUUAAUGUACACAUGGUGGACACGUCUCAUUUUUGGCAAGUUGGUUGGCAGAUCUUUUCAUCCAGAAAUCACACUAAGAAAAGUGUGAAAUUAGAAUGGUUGUAAUGGGUAGAAUCUAUAUUCUGUGACAUUUCACCAAAAUGGACAAGGCCUCUACUUUCAAAGUGAAUUUAAAACUUGGGGGGUAGAAGAAUUGGCAUGGACAGGAGGCCACCUGGUGACCCCAGAGAGCUCAGGAGAGCUAUGAGGGUCUGUAAUGUGGUUGUGACCUUGGUAGGAGGAGGGACAUGAAGCUGCACAAAGGCUCUACCACCUGAGUUCCUGGGUGGGGGUGCUGGUGCCUCUGGGAUGGCCAAGCUGCCAGGGAAGGGCAGUGUAACCUGAGCUUGGUCGUGUCUGCUCUGGAAAUCACUUCCGCAUUGGAAUGCCUGGGAGUUCUUCAUUAGUGUUCGUUUUCAUUAACAGUUGUAAGACACAUCUGGAAUGGACCAGAGUAUGGUGGGAGGGUCUGCACAUUUGAUUUGGGACUAACAUCAAUUUGGGAUUUCUCCUGGACAGGGCCCUGUGUGUAUGGUGUGUUUCCCCCACCCAUCCACCCUUGUCAGGGUUUGGCUUCCCUUUCCAGAUAGAACCACAGGAUUUAUGGGUUGGAAAGUGGCUAGAGGCAAGUUGUCCCACCUCCUAGUGUAGC